AUGAUUUCGUUGAAGAAACCAGCGGCAAGGAUGACCUUUGAGGCGGGCGGCGGCAUUGGAACAGGAAAAUGGGGGAGAGAAAUGGAAGAGGCAGAAACGUUGAAUGAGGAGGAGGAGAAAGGGGGAGUAGUCCCUCCAUUUCCUCCAGCAGCAGCUCGAGAGCGGGCAGAUCCUCCAGUUCCCCCAGCAGUUCCUCAGAGCGAGGCUCGCUUCAUCAAGGAUUUCAAGCGCUAUGGACCUCCAACCUUUGACGGUGAGAGUGAAAGAGCGACUGCAGCGGAAGAGUGGAUCAGAGAGUUGGAAGCUCUUUACGCGUAUCUUGGUUGCGAAGACCAAUUCAAGGUGAAGGGUGCGGUUUUUAUGUUGAGGGGCGAGGCCCUGAACUGGUGGGACUCAGUAGCAGCGGCAGAGGAUCAUGCAAAUGUACCAAUCCCGUGGGCGAGGUUCAAGAACUUAUUGUACGACUACUACUAUCCGGAGAUUGUGAAAGACAUGAAGGAGGCAGAAUUCCUGCAUCUAGUCCAAGGAACCUUAUCGGUGGCACAGUAUGAAAGAAAGUUCACGGAACUCUCCUGA